CAUCUAAUGGUCUGUUUGGGGAGGUUGUCAAUAACUAGAUGAUCUCCAUAUCCACGGGGUUGACUCAGAGGGCCAGCUCUCGUGUCCCGUGUUAUUACACAGCAGUAUUUGGGGUGGCGCGCCUGUCGACCGUGUGUUUUGCUGCUCAGACGCUUCUGCACAGAGAUGGCAAGACGACCGUAGCAGACUGCGGCCUGUACGGUUGGGCAUUGUACCGACAACCGUAACGUCAGAACCGCAUCGACGCAGAGAGCGGGACGGAGCGGGACAACGGACGAGGUAGAGACGUCUGUCCGUGUGACCGAAACCACCACGACCGACUUUGAUGUAAUGUCCACUGAUAGGAACCAUGGGACACAGAGUGGGCUGAACCAGAGGGUCUAGCAGCACAUACCAAUUGUUUCCCACUGUGGUUUAUGACAUGGCCACGGCCUCUUCUAGAGCCGAGUCUAGCCAUAACCACAGAGGAACAUCGCAGCUCCAUGCCAUUGUUUCCUGUGCCAAAAUCAAGAGGAAGAAAAGCCUGUUUGGGACUGCCAUCUAUGUGGAGGUGACAGCGGAGGGGGAGACGCGGCGCACAGCAAAGUCUCACAGCUCCUCCAGUCCCAAAUGGGAUGAGAGGCUCACUCUGAAUGUAACACCGCACACACAGGUGGACUUCAAAGUAUGGAGUCACCACACCCUGAAGGCAGACGCUCUGCUGGGCAAAGCCACGCUGGACCUAAUUCAAGCCUUGGAGCAGCAUGACAGAAAAUUGGAGAAUGUGAAGGAGGUGCUGAAACUGAGCGUGGAGCAAAAGGGAGCCCUGGUUCCCGCAGGGGAGCUGACUGUCUACCUAGAUGGACUGACUGUGACUGGCCAGGAAGAACUGGCACCGCUUACCAACGGCAAUGCAGCAAAUGGCACCAAAGUCCAACAGAAUGGUGAUGCCAUCCAUGAAAAUGGAGACUCAUCAUCUUCUUCCUCAAGGGCUGCUAACAGCACAGUGAAUGGUACAGACUUGGGCCCAAGGUCAGGUUCCUGUUCGAUCUCCAAUGGCGUCGACGGACAGGAGCCUCCCAGCUCCUGCAGCCCCGCCCUUAGCUACGUCGUCAAUGGAGACUCCACGCCCAACUCCACCCCGGUCCACCAACCCUCAGACAGUGACACAGAGAGUAGGACGGUCAAUGGGGAGUCCUGUGAUGCUGCUCUUGGGCCAUCACCUGCUACAACUGGUGAUGCGAUGCCCCCUGCAGAUGACCACCAGGACUGCAAUCAAGAUGCUGCCCUGCCAGACCCUGACACAGCAGCAGAUAGCACAUCUCAAACCCUGCCAACCUCCACACAGGCUCCAGCCUCCUCUUCUGCUGCUAAACCUAUUGAUGGCUCUGCUGCUGCUUCCUCCACAUUUGCCUCCCCAGCACCGCCGGCCAAUGCCAUCACAACCUCCUCAUCAUCGUCCGCCUCCCCCCCAGCAAUUGGAGAAGCCGAUGCUUCGGGAGCCGGCGGUGGUAGCGAUAGUAACAGUGCAGCUGUAACUACUGAUGGGGCCAAGCCCAGGCAGCAGGUCCCCAAUGCAGGAGCCUCAGAUCCUCUGCCGCCAGGCUGGGAACAGCGUAAAGACCCUCAUGGUAGAACUUAUUAUGUAGACCACAACACCAGAACUACGACUUGGGAAAGACCACAGCCACUACCACCAGGUUGGGAGCGUAGGGUGGAUGACCGGGGCAGGAUCUAUUAUGUGGACCACAACACCCGCACUACCACAUGGCAGCGUCCCACUAUGGAAUCGGUCCGCAAUUUUGAGCAGUGGCAGAGCCAGCGCAGCCAGCUGCAGGGAGCUAUGCACCAGUUUAACCAGCGAUACCUCUACUCUGCAUCCAUGAUGUCGGCUGAGAACGAUCCUCUCGGCCCGCUACCUCCUGGAUGGGAGAGGCGUGUGGACUCCAAUGACCGAGUCUACUUUGUCAACCACAACACCAAGACAACGCAGUGGGAAGACCCCCGAACACAAGGUCUACAGAAUGAGGACCCUCUUCCUGAAGGUUGGGAGAUCCGGUACACACGGGAAGGGGUCCGAUACUUUGUUGAUCACAACACCCGAACCACCACUUUCAGCGACCCUCGCACCGGAAAGUCCUCUGUCACCAAAGGCCCUCAGAUUGCAUAUGAGCGCAGCUUUCGAUGGAAGCUGGCCCAUUUCCGCUACUUGUGCCAGUCCAAUGCUCUCCCUAGCCAUGUGAAGAUCACUGUGUCCAGACAGACGUUGUUUGAAGACUCUUUCCAGCAGAUAAUGGCCCUGAAGCCUUACGACUUGAGGAGGAGACUCUAUGUUAUCUUCAGAGGCGAGGAGGGUCUAGACUAUGGUGGAUUAGCCCGAGAAUGGUUCUUCUUGUUGUCCCAUGAAGUGCUGAACCCCAUGUACUGUCUGUUUGAGUAUGCCGGCAAGAGCAACUACUGUCUGCAGAUCAACCCAGCCUCUGCUAUCAACCCGGACCACCUCUCCUACUUCUGCUUCAUAGGCCGCUUCAUUGCAAUGGCACUUUUCCACGGCAAGUUUAUCGACACAGGCUUCUCUCUGCCUUUCUACAAACGCAUGCUGAACAAGAAGCUCAUACUCAAAGACCUGGAGUCCAUCGACCCCGAGUUCUACAACUCACUUAUAUGGAUAAGGGACAACAACAUUGAAGAGUGUGGUCUGGAGAUGUACUUCUCAGUGGACAUGGAGAUCCUGGGGAAGAUCACUUCUCAUGAUCUCAAAGCUGAUGGCACCAAUGUUCUAGUGACUGAGGAGAACAAGGAGGAGUAUAUCAGUUUGAUGGCGGAGUGGAGGUUCUCCCGGGGGGUGGAAGGUCAGACCAAAGCUUUCCUGGACGGCUUCAACGAGGUGGUCCCACUCCAGUGGCUCCAGUACUUUGAUGAGAAGGAACUUGAGGUGAUGCUCUGUGGCAUGCAGGAGGUUGACCUUCAGGACUGGCAGAGGAACACGGUGUACCGCCACUACACAAGAAACAGCAAACAGAUCAUCUGGUUCUGGCAGCUGGUGAAAGAAGUGGACAACGAAGUGCGACUGCGGCUUAUGCAGUUUGUCACAGGAACCUGCAGGCUUCCUCUGGGCGGCUUUGCUGAACUCAUGGGAAGUAACGGGCCCCAGAAGUUCUGCAUUGAGAAGGUGGGGAAGGACACAUGGCUUCCUCGGAGCCACACGUGUUUCAACCGUCUGGACUUGCCUCCUUACAAGAGUUUCGAACAGCUGAAAGAGAAGCUGCUCUUCGCCAUCGAGGAAACGGAAGGAUUUGGACAAGAAUAGACGGAGGAGUCCUCUUGUAUUUCUCUCUCCCUCCCCCAUCGCUGAUUAUUCAGCCAUGUUAAACAAACAAACAAAAAAGAAUUGCACAAGAUAACCACCAAUGUAUAUAAGCUAUUUUGUCAUUUUAAACCAAAUCUUAAUUUGCAGCAUCGUUUUUGCCGCAAUCCUGUUCCCCAGCCCUUAAAUAUUAUAUGAUACCCAAUCAUGAAAUAUGCAAGCAUUUCAGCAUUUCUGCUCCUCUGUUUUAAACAGAAAUCAUGGAUAUUUUUUUAAUGUCCUCCCAACUGCUGACUGGCUUUUUAAAAGAGACUGGAAGUGUUUUUGAGAGGAUUUUAUAGUUGAAGCUCAAUCUUAUUUUAAAGCUCUAGUUCUAUAGAGCUACUAAAUGGCAAGAUAGUAUUGGGGUCUGGUGCCUGAAUUUUUUUUUUUUUUUUUUUCCCCGUUGGACUCAUAGUUAUUGUUGCAAUUUUUGCGCGCUCGCAUGGCUGCCUCUGAAGAAGAGAAGACUGCAGUGACCACCCUCUACCACCACCUAUACUAAACACACACAAAGACAUUUUAGCAAUGACCCUACGUCUCUUAAGCUGUUUCACAAUUAUCAUCAAAAAAGGAUGAAAUGAUGAUGCUGAGGUUCAUAAUAUGGAUGAUUAAGCCAGGGACACUGGACAUGUUCCAGGCCGCCAUGACUGCAGCCCACCGCUUCAGUUGGCAAGUAAGAUACACACCAGGAUGACACACUCACAGCUUUCACUUAAAGAUUGAGCUGUUUGGGAAAUUGUCACAACAAAAGAGACAAAAGAUAGCCUCUGUGUAAUUACUUGGACUUAUAAGUGUCCUAUGAAGCCACUGUGGUUUACAGAGCAACAGGCAUGAUAAUGCUAAUUUGAUAACAUGAUCACAUUUACUUAAAACCCUCAGUUAAAGGUAUCACAAUAAAGAAAUCCCCCUACAGUGCAUCUUGCCAUAAACAUAUGAUAUGAUACAAGGCAGCAUAUGAUAUUUGGCUAUCAUGUGUUGCAAUACGGUCCAAAAGACAUCCCAUUCACAUGAAUGUUCAUUUGUACAUGUACUAAAAGCAGCUGUUCUCAGCUUAAUAAUAACCAACCAUUAACUAAUUACAACUGAAGCCUAUGAGGAAUACAAAUCCUAGCAUUACAGCAAAAAAAAUGUCAUGACAGUAAAUGUCCUUCAAGGUUCGAUUUUUGUCAUUUUUGGUCAUAAAGCAGAUGGGCACUGGUCUUAAAAAAAAUGUAUCACAUUUCAUGUCUUGAAAGCAACAAAUAUACAUAUUGCAUGCAGGCAGUGGAGUGGAAACUGGCCAAUAGAAUAAUCAUUAAAACACAUUUUAGGGGUUGAUAGGUCUACUAGAAAUGAAAGUAUUAACUAGGUCAUACACCUGUGGGUUAUUGUUAGAAAUAACAAUUCUGUCACAUACAGUGUGUAUCUGCUAUUCGUCUGUGGAGUCAACAGUAUGACUGCAGUUAAGCUCCACAAAAUGAGCUUCGAGCCAUAGAGGUGAGCCCUCUUUCAUGAGAUCAUCCAGUUUAAUUCACUCAGCCCGCGUUCAAUCUCAUUCUCAGGUUUUGUGCUGAGGUAAGAGAGCCUUAGUUUAAUAAAGAUGCGUGUGUGUGUGUGUGUAAAUCAGUAAAGAUGCAGACAAAAUACAAACUUACCUUUCGCCUACAAAUAAGGAUUAUGAUGACGAGUAAAUGAGACACUAAAGUGCCACAGACCAAACAACGUGUGGAAACCUUUCACAGCGACUCCUCAGCAGCACAAGGCCUGUUUGGAGACUGACACGGCAUUGCAGUGCUACAUGUUGUGUGUUUUUUGAUUUUUGCACCCCCACUUUCCCCUCGUCCUUCCCUUCCUUGAAUGCUUCAGGGGACAUGCCCUUUGUUUUUCAAAAUGUCAUGUCUAACUCCAUUGUUCCGAACUCUGGUGCUUAUUCUUUAGGUCAGUGGUCUCAAACGCUGCUCUGGCAGCGGCAGGCCAUUCUCCUCGUUUUCUCUCACAUUGUUGUUUUUUCAGACCACUGCAAACAGCAGCAAGCUGCUUCAGACUUUUUCUAGGAAGAGCUUGUGAUUACUCAAGCUAUCAGUCAUGUAUAUAACAUGUAUUCAGUGGUCCCUGUGCAGGAGCUGGAAGGAGGGACGGCAGUAUGAAGAAAAAACAUUUACUGUAGCAAAAGGAGUCGACUUUUAAAGAGGGGUCAACACUGCAUAACUCUGUGCUUCCUUUUGAACAGAAACCUGUAAUCAAAGAAAAUCAACUGUGUAUGUGAAUAUUCAUUGUAUAAAGAUAAUGAAAGUAAAUAAAGUACUUAAAUAUUAUAAUUAAUUACACAGAGCCACCGCUCAAUUGAUGGAAAUCUGUGAUGCCUUUUGUUUUUAUCAGAAAUAGACGGGAUGUUUCGGGUGGCUUUCAUCUUAGCCAGUAGCACGGGUGUAUUCUCUCAUAGCAAAGCUCAUUUAUGAUACUACCCAUCAUGUCAGUAUGUGAUAGCGCAGCAGGGACCUCAUCUCUGUGCUGGCUGCGGUUUAGGCCACCUGAAACGCAUCCAAACUGUAACAUAUCGCGUGUAGAUACACACUGUAAACACCAACUACACUGUACAGAAUGCCCCUUUACUGGAGACGAUGUGUAUAGAAGAUUCAUUUUUAAUCUGCUUUCACCCAUUUUAAUGAAGAGAGAUGGAUUUAUGAGAUACAAAUAAAUAAGUGGAUAAACCCCCUCUGUGACC